AAAAUGUGCAAAUCUGUGCACAAAUGUGCGAGUAUUCAUAGUUUUUCGGACAACGCAUUGCAAAACUGUGCAAAUCUUCAUCGUUUUUGAACAGGGCAGUAACAACUCAGCUCAGCCUCAACUGAUCAUUCUUUAAGACCUUCUUUAAACAUGUCACCGAAAAGCUUCGAUUAUCAUUGCUCCAAAUGCAGCGUCUGGUUUAAUAUCGCUGAGACCCCAAGAACGAAGCAUGAGAAGGAAUAUGCAUAUUUUGGCCAAGUAUACUUACAGACAGAUUGAUGAAACGGUGUACGGCAUCAGCCAUCCCGCUUCAUGCGUUUCUAGUUCUGACGAAAUGGAGUGCGAGGAUGUUUAUGCGCUCUCUCGAUCUGGAAGCGAAGUACCUGCUGAAAUUGAAGACGAUUCUUUGGAUGGCAUGGAGUGCUGGUCUGACGAAGAGAUGUUGCAUACUUCUUUUGGCGAAGCUGGUAACAUUGAUGAAGAUGAAGCCAACGAUGACGACUGCGACAGGCGUGAAGACGGGGACGCUCUCGAGAGUGACACCCUAGAAGAAGAAGAUGACGCUCCAAAUGUGCAAGUUGCCAACGAGGAGUCAUCUUGGUUCAGAAGCUACCGCACGACCACAUCACGACACCUGUUGGAAAAGCCGUACAGCUCUGCAUCAAACUUCAUCAGAAAGCUCUCCGAAGAAAGAUCCCGCGCCGCUUUUUGGGGAGCUGAUCGAAGACAUCAACGAAGCGAGGUGGGCAACUCUCCCACAAGCGAAGAAAUUGAUCGCAAAGAUCUGAACGGUUCAGCCUUAGCACAAUUGCCCAUCAUUCCACCUUUUAUUUACCCGCUCGAUAUGGUGCAUCUUCUUGGCCCUGGCGUUGGAAAGCAGAUCUUCAAGCUUCUUCAAGGCCAAUACGGAAAGCAGAAUAGCAAUAACCCUUUCUUCCUACCUCCUUCGGCCAUGGAGAAAAUCGGUGCGUGCAUGGAGAAAUCUAAGUUCUCGGUUCUUUCAGGAUUUUGUGGUGAUUGCGGAGACAUUUCCAAGAAUGCCGGAUUUUACAAAGCCGUGGACUGGAUUCACUUUGUGCUUUAUACUGUCCCAAGACUGGUGCUCGAACGUAUUGACGAUGUUGAUGCAAAGCUGGCAAUCGCAUAUCUGACGAAAUUGUACAAUCUUGUUUGUCGUCGAAAGAUCACGAGUACCCAACUGAAGCAAAUCAUAGAGCUGUCAAUGCUGUGGCUUCGUGCUCUGAUCAAGUUCAACUGUGAACGCAAGGUUGACGACCAUGACUUCACUAUAUCGCAACAUUACCUCCUGCACCUUUACAAGGUUAUUCAGUACGUGGGCCUGUUGUCAGUGUAUGCCGUAUUUGCGAUGGAGCGCACCAUAGGCGAAGUUAAGCGCAACAUUACUUCGCGCAAAGAACCAGUUGCGAAUUCGCAAAACACUCUUGUUAUUCUCGCUGCGCCUCGAUAUUUCGAACAAUCCAGUUAUCAUGAAACGCGCGCCCAUCGACCGCAAAGGAUCAUCGCCGUCAGCGACGGUCAGAACGAGCCUGAACUCUGGGGACCGUUUGGACUGGAAACUGUCGGAAGUAUGAACAUAUCUACGACAGCAUGCGCUGGCCUUGUUACGUCAUGUCUGCAGCUACAUAUACUGGAUGAACCACGGGUUGGCCCAUCCACAUUCAAUUUCCAUGCAUCACCAGAUUCAACAAAAAUCUUUAUUGAUGAAUCCAGUCGGCACAAGGCACAAGUACUGGCAAUCCAAAGCGUGCACGAUCGUCAACUCGUCUUACCUUGUUGGCCUUACAAAACAGCAUCCGAAUCAAAUCCACAAUUGAACAAGUGA